UGAUCCCUGAAGGACUCGUCUUUACUGGUUUGUCGACGGUCAUGGAUCCUCAGGGUGGCCCCUACCUCAACAAGAAGGCCCUGUGCUCGCCCCUGGGCGCGGCCCGCCUCUGUCAGCUGGCCAUGGGCUGUGCCGUCAUCGCCAUGGUGACCCACAGCGCGGGCUACAGCGGCUCCCAGGGCGUCUUCUGCAUGGCCGCCUGGUGCUUCUGCUUCGCCAUGUCGGUGGUGGUGUUCUUCCUGGACGCCACCCGCCUGUACAGCUUCCUGCCGCUGUCGUGGGACAACCUGACGGUCACGUGCGCGGCCUUCGCCACCCUCAUGUAUGUAACGGCCUCGGUUGUCUACCCGCUCUUCUUCGUCCGAUCCGAGUGUCCCUACGCUGGCUGUGAAGUCCGGGACUUCCGGAUCGCCGUGUCGGUCUGCUCCAUCCUGGGCACCCUGGCCUACGGGGCUGAGGUGGUCCUGUGCCGAGCCAGGCCGGGGCAGAUCGUGGUGGGCUACAUGGCCACCGCCUCCGGUCUUCUCAAGGUGGUCCAGGGCUUCGUGGCCUGCGUCAUCUUCGGCGCGCUGGCCAACGGGAGCCAGUACUGGCGCUACGAGGCCACCGUCUACUGCGUGGUGGUCUACGCGUCCUGCUUCGCCCUGACCGCGCUGGUCGUCAUCAUGACGCUGUGCAAGCGGACCAGGAACGUGUGCUGCAUGCCCUUCGACCGCUUCGUGGUGGUCUGCACGCUGCUGGAGGUCCUGCUCUACCUCAGCGCGUCCGUGGUGUGGCCGGUGUUCUGCUUCGACCCAAAGUACGGCUCCCCGUCCAGACCCUCGUCCUGCCCGCAGGGGAAGUGCCCGUACGACAGCAAAGUGGUGGUGGCCGUUUUCUCCUUCCUCAACUUUGGAUUGUACACGGCAGACCUGAUCUACUCCCAGAGGAUCAAGUUUGUGUCAUCGAACGCUAACUCUUGAGUCUAAGGCCUCACUGGAAGCAUUGCUGUGUUUGACUUUGUCUUUUGAAGACAUGGAAUCAAACUGAAAGUGACAUUGUGAUAAAGGUUUAAGGUUCAGGACAGAACCCCCCCCCCUGAGAAUCAGCCUCGCCCAAGCGUCCCGGACUUCCUGGUAUGUCCUCCUCCUAAUCCACGGCACUCCCCUGAUCCCCGACCUGUGGAAUAACACACAGUCUUACUCGCUGCUUGAGUUCCUGCUCAUAAUGCAUGAGCAUCUUGAAUAUAAAUAGUAAAUCCGGCAUCUGUGGCAUCCCAGUCAUCUGCGAACCCCCUCACCAACCGACUCAGGACUGUCAGCUUCCAAAAAUAAGCACGAGUCUCACCGAAGCCAUGACACAGCGUUUAUAAGAGGCUGGUGUGAAAAGCUUCCCUCGGCCCGUUAAGCAAAAGAAACACUUUUAAAAUCGAGUCUUCUGCUUGAUUUCUGCAGCAGGGAUGACCUGCAGUUUGAACUGACACGCUUCUUUAAACACAAUAAUCCCAGUUGGACGGUGUGGAGCUGGUCAGCGUGACCGGCGGGAGUCUGGACUUCUGACCUGUUCUGUCCUCAACUCCCAGGUCAGAUAUCAGCAAGCUGUUUGCCGCCUUUUCCUCGGUGGUUAGAAAUGAUCCGCGUGGAUAGAUGGUCUUUGUAAAGUGUGUCAGAGCACUAAGUGAUUUUACACUUGAAUAAACUUUGCUAAUUUACUCACAUAAAGCUGCUGUAAUCAUUCCAGUUCAUUGAAAAGGCUCUCAGAAAUGGACUCUGAGCCAUCUGUGCACCACCGAACAGUCAGCUGCUAAAAAUGGAACAGCCGCCGAAGACUCAAGACAUUCUUUGUCGGGCGUUGUAGAGACCAAACAGGAGUUAAAGACCCAGACCAACAGGAUUUUUUUUUCCUGUAUUGUUGGAAUAGUCAUAGAAAAUAAGUUUUGUGAUUCUCCCUCAUUUCAUUUACAAAUUCUAACAUGCGUUUUAUGAGCUUUCAAAGCAAAACAAAACCAGCAUGUUCACUUAUGGAGAAGCAAGUGAACUCAAGUUCACUGGUUUGAACCCCAGCGGGGCAUCCUGAGCCCAACCUUUGACCCCAAAUGGCUCAAUUUGCAGCAGCUUGCUCCAAAUGAUCUGCAGUGCCGAGUCUGGAAGGGACACAUCUACUGUUACACAUACAGGAAACACUCGCCUUGUUUUAUUAAGCCAAAAUAGUACAAACUGAUAAAUCCACCCACUUUCUAUUAAACUUUAUUCUAAGAGGGAUUGGAGUUGAUCCCAGCUGACUACAUGCAAAGACAGGACACACACUGCACAGGUCACCGCUUCAUCUCUGAGCAAACACCAAGAGCCAAACAAAAACUCACAAUGUAAAUCUGCCAGGUAACCUCAAAUAUCUGGUUUCUGACUUUACACAUACUCAGGGAGAACAUGCAAACACCACACAGAAAGAGCCCGAAGGUUUUUUUUUUUGUUUUACAUAUAUAUCUGCUUAAAAGCUAC